AUGAGAGCGGGGAGGACAGCAGUAGGUGUGCCUCUGUCACACACACCUCAUAUAUAUAAACCCUGUCAAACCUGUCACUCUUCAUAUGUUUGUGUUUCUGUGUGUGUGUAGUCCACUGCUGUACCUGCCUGCUAGCUGGAGUGUGUUUGUGUCUAUGUGUGUUUCAUACACAUGUUGGACUAUGACCUUGGACUUUACCUUUGGACUACCUGGGUUUUAGUUAUAGCAGACUUUCCCUGUUUCUUACCUGAGGUAGUUUACCUGGCUUUCACCUGUUGCCGAAGCUCACCAGGUUUUUCAAAGGUACCGUCUCUGACCUGCUGGAGUUAACCUGUCUCCGGGUGUUGACCUGUGUAUAUCUGACUGACUGGGAGUUACUACCUCCUCUCAUCUGUUGGAAUUCACCUGUUAGAGGGAGCUCAGCACCUGUUAGAGGGAGCUCAGCACCUGUUAGAGGGAGCUCAGUACCUGUUAGAGGGAGCUCAGUACCUGUUAGAGGGAGCUCAGUACCUGUUAGAGGGAGCUCAGUACCUGUUAGAGGGAGCUCAGCACCUGUUAGAGGGAGCUCAGUACCUGUUAGAGGGAGCUCAGUACCCGUUAGAGGGAGCUCAGCACCUGUUAGAGGGAGCUCAGUACCUGUUAGAGGGAGCUCAGUACCUGUUAGAGGGAGCUCAGUACCUGUUAGAGGGAGCUCAGUACCUGUUAGAGGGAGCUCAGUACCUGUUAGAGGGAGCUCAGUACCUGUUAGAGGGAGCUCAGUACCUGUUAGAGGGAGCUCAGUACCUGUUAGAGGGAGCUCAGUACCUGUUAGAGUACCUGUUAGAGGGAGCUCAGUACCUGUUAGAGGGAGCUCAGCACCUGUUAGAGGGAGCUCAGUACCUGUUAGAGGGAGCUCAGUACCUGUUAGAGGGAGCUCAGUACCUGUUAGAGGGAGCUCAGCACCUGUUAGAGGGAGCUCAGUACCUGUUAGAGGGAGCUCAGCACCUGUUAGAGGGAGCUCAGCACCUGUUAGAGGGAGCUCAGCACCUGUUAGAGGGAGCUCAGCACCUGUUAGAGGGAGCUCAGUACCUGUUAGAGGGAGCUCAGUACCUGUUAGAGGGAGCUCAGUACCUGUUAGAGGGAGCUCAGCACCUGUUAGAGGGAGCUCAGUACCUGUUAGAGGGAGCUCAGUACCUGUUAGAGGGAGCUCAGUACCUGUUAGAGGGAGCUCAGUACCUGUUAGAGGGAGCUCAGCUGUGUAUCAACAAGCGCUUCUCUCUGCUACUGGAGUUUACCUGUGUGAAGGAGUUUACCUGUCUGACUGGAACACCUGUUGGAAUUCUGACCAACUAA